AUUAAGGGGGGGAAAACGAAUUUCCUGCUCUUUGAAGAGAGUCUCCUUUUAUUUCUAACUUCAAAAUAAAUUCGCAGUGUAAUUUGGCAGCGGCGGCAAUGGAGGAUUGCUCAUCAUCCCUUCCUCCGAACAAAGCAACAACUUCUGGUGCCGCAAAAUACCUAGCCGACCUCCCUUCUCGCGGCCUCUUUUCCUCCACCACUACUGUCGUCUCCUCUACUCCGGGUGGUAUGCGGGUAUAUGUCUGUGAUCAUGAAACAUCGCCUCCAGAGGAGCAGCUUAUUAAGACAAACCAGCAAAACAUAUUGAUUAGGUCUCUCAUGCUUAAGAAGCAGAGGGGUGAUUAUAGUUCAAAAGAUGGCAAAGGGAUUUCCUCAAAUGACAAUGGUAGAAAAAG